AUGAUGUUAAACGUAUCAUUAAUUUGUCGACAGGUAACCUUGGGCGGUGGUAGGAGACACUGGCUGCCGAAGGUUGCCACUGACCCAGAGGAUGACAAAGAAGAAGGACGAAGACUUGACGGUAGAAACCUCAUUGAAGACUGGCUGAGGGACAAGAGAAAGCGAGGCAUAGCGGCGCAAUAUGUCUGGAACAAGGAACAGCUCGAUAGGAUUGACCCAAAAACUGUAGACCACCUCUUGGAGGCAUGUAAACUUCAGAUGUGA